AUGUCCAGGAAUAACGAUCUCGUCUCAACUAACUCAACUUCAUCAACUAGUCAAUUGGAAUCUCCUCCAAGAGGAGUUCAACAAAACUUCUACACAAUUAAUAUCUCCUUCAACUACUCGACUCAACCAAGUGCUCCUGCUGCUCCUGAACAGAAUCCGGAACAAUUGCUUCCAGUGAUCUCAAAUCUGAUUGGCCAGCAGAUUAGAGAUCUCAAGAAGCAAGAACAACGACGAAAAAGAAGAAGUCGACGAUCAUCUUCUCGAACAUCUCGACCAUCAAAAGAAGAUUUGUUCUCUUCUGAGAAUGACUGCGAGCCGAUGGAAUCCACACAAAGAGAUGUAUCAAUGGUAGAUGACGUCACUCAAAAGUCGUCUGUUCCUCUGGAAAAUUCAACGAAGAGAAUGAGUAAAAAGAAGGCAUCAAAGUACAGUAACGAGUACCAAGAUCUUUCUGAAAUUCAGAAGAAAGUCAAGUAUCGUCUUGUACCUUCGAAGAAUGUGAAAGCUGUUCCGGAAGACGAAUUACCAAAGAAAAAAUAUAACAAUGAACGGAAAAGAAGGGAAUACGUUGUUCUCGGACGUCUGAAUUCAUUGGAAGUGGUAUCGGAGAAGGAUGAAGAGCAGAAGAAGGAAGAUGCUAAACGGAGAAGCAGAGAAUUGGCGAAGGAACUCUACUAA